UGUGCUGCCCCGAAAUCAUGGUCUUGUAAUACUCCUCUUGCGAAGUCUUCACACGCGAAGAAGACACUGUGGCUAUAAAAGCCUAAUCUAUGAGUCGAGGAAGACAUAUUGGAUUAUCGGAGUACGGAGCACCUGCAAACAUAUCACGAGGACAUGUGUUACAUGCAAAAGGUUAAGAAAGAGACCAGCAGAUCAACUGAUAGGACAGAUCCCGAUGUCUCGUGUCGUAGUACAGAGUCCUGCGUUCUACUGCACUGGAAUAGACAUGUUUGGACCUAUCCAGAUAAGACUAAACAGGAAGACCCUUAAAGAGGCACAAGCAGUCAUAUUUGUUUGCAUUACAACCAGAGCAGUCCACCUAGAAUUGGUCACAGACCGAAGUACGGACACCUUCUUGAUGGCCUUUCGACGAUUUGCGUGCACAAGAGGUCAUCCAGCCUUAUGCUUUUCUGAUUGCGGUACCAAUUUCAAGGGAGCUGAACCCUACAUAUCUGAGGUGACUAAAAACUGGGACAAGAAAAAGAUCAAGAAAGAGUUGGCCGAGGAAUUCAGCUGCAAUUUCGAAGGGGAAUGGAAUGUACUCAAGGCCAGUCAUAUGAAUGGAGUCACAGAAAGUCUCAUAAAAUCGGUUCGACAAGCCUUAGACGCAACUUGCAGAAAUCCCAUAUACUCUGAAGAGCAAUGGAGAACUAUCCUGACCGAAAUUAGCUAUACAGUCAACAGUAGACCACUCUACCCGUCAUCGGACGCUAUAUGGGAAAACCCACCAAUCACGCCCAAUGAUCUACUGAUAGGACCUCACGUCGGGGUUCCGGUACCCAUACAAGAAGACAAAGUCAACCCAAGACAUCUCCACAAAUCGACACAGCAAAGAAUACAUCAUUUCUGGACAGCUUGGAUGAAAUACUUCGCACCUACUCUACUUAGAAGAGACAAGUGGUACAGACCAAGAGAUAAUCUGAAAUCAGGUGACCUUGUACUCGAGGUAGACUCCUGCCCCAGAAGAAAGUGGAAGAUGGCCCUGGUAGAAGAAGUAUUUCCAGGAAAAGACGGGAAAGUCAGAAAGGCAAAAAUCAAGACCCAGACGAGCAGUUUCGAGCGACCAAUUCAUAAGCUGUGUUUAAUCGCGACGAAAGAGGAACUCUCAAGUAAUGUUAAGUAAAUAACAAUAACGAUUAAAUGUGAAGAUAAGAAAGAAGAUAUACAUCUCGUGUUACGAUAUGAAUCUCCACACCCAGGAGGAGUGUUUCGCACGCCUUAAAUUGUAUAGUGGGGAAAAAGGAAAAAAACAACAAAAAACGAAAUGUAUUCAUGAGAGCAUUGAGUUAUUUUACAGUCGCCACCUGAUUGGUUAAGUAGCAUUCAAAGAUGGAAUUAGCAUAACCGCGUGUUAGUUCAAAGACGUUAUGUAGUCAGUAAAAAUGAUCAAGAGCAUCCGGAGCGAAAUAUACUAAGAUUUUGACUAGCAAAUAGUUACUAGUACAAAAUAAAAACUUGCUCCGGCA